AUGAAUAAUUUUUGUGGUGAUUUAGAUCUGAUUUUCGGAAGCUGCAAGCGUACUAAAGCUGCAACCAAGAAUCUCAUGAAAGUUAGUGCUGAAGAAAAGCCUGCUUUUACAGCUUUUAAUGAAUCGACAAAAGUACCAUUUGCUGAUGGAUUCGUUGAAGAAGGCGAUCAAAUUGUUCCUAACUUGAAAUCUCUUAAAAGACUGGCCGACAUUCUUACUGAUUAUGGCCCUUUCAACUUGAAGUUCAUUCUACCCGAGGGAGGACAAUUGGGCGUAUUAACAGAAACUGGCUAUCAUGAUGGAGUUUUGGGUCUAAUACAAGAAGGGAAGGCUGAUAUGUGCUUCUUGCCAUUACCGUUGGAUACCCAGAAGGCUCCUGGUUAUUUCACUUCAGUUAUAUCUGAGCAAAACUAUUAUAUCAGCACAUUACGAAAUUUAGAUGAUAAUACUUCAGCAGUUGUUUCCAGUCUAACAUCGGUCACUGUGAUUCCUUUCUUAUUGGCUAUUCUAGCAAUAUUAAUAUUGGAAUUGAUUGCAGUUGAACAUUUCAAAAUUGAUGCAUUGCUCACGGCCAUCUACCGAUCGUUUGGUGCAUCAUUUCGCCAGCAUUUUACUCGUCGUUCAACAAGUCUCUGCUUGAUUCAAAUGCUAAUCUUAAUGUUUCCUUUAUUCAUUUUCAAUGCUUCAUUCAACACUCAAACAAUUGUCGGAAACAGAGACUAUAAGAUUGAUACAUUGAAAGAUGUCAUCAGUCAGGGUAAAACUCCGUUCUUUAUUGAAGGCAUUUCAAUGUAUGACUUUUUUAAAGCUGAAGUUAACAAAGAUUAUGCUGCUAUUUAUGAGCGCAGUGUCGCCGCAGGACUAGAGGAACCCUUUCCUCUGGGACCUAUUCCUGUGUUUGAAAGAAGGGACUUGAUGGUAACCUUCGUCUCUGGUAUUGGUAAAAAGCUAACUCCAUUAAUAUCUUCAGUAUCUGGUACAAUAAAAACUAAUCAAGAGCAGUAUUUCUCGGCGAAACCAUUUCAUAGAUCAUUGCAAUCUAUGCUCUACAGUUAUAAUGUUUCCAAAUCCUUCAGAACCAAGAUUAACACCCUGUGA